AUGCCACACACCAAAGAGAAUGGGGAAUUACUUAAAUCUCAUGUCAAUUACCAUCUGCCUCCACCCAAGGGCGAAAAAUACCCCGUUCAAUAUAUUCGUACGGUUGGCUUUCAUAGGGCAAAGUAUGACCGGCAGCUCGUUGAAAUUACCGACAAGCGGACUUGUGAGGAAGCCUUCAGUCUAGACACGCAUGGCUUCCAAUGGGUUCCUAGCACAAUCCAAGAAAAGGAGUGGAAGGAUGAGUAUCUGUUUGCUCUCCCCCCUCAAGUGCACAAGGAUGUUCAAGAUCUUUUGAUGCGACACACCGGUGCGACGUAUGUUCAUCCUUUGCCGCCUCAUGUUAUUCGACGGGACAGUCAUCAAAAGGUUCUUGAUAUUCAAGAUGACGUCCCAGACGAUGCAAUCUUGAACAUGGCGCCACCCGCUUUCUUUGUACACGUUGAUCAAUCAUAUGCCGGCGCCGAGAUCAUCAUCAACAGACAACCCGAAGCCGACAGCCUCCUGGCCAAAGCCAAACAUCACCGCUGGGGCAUCGUCAACGUGUGGCAGCCCCUCAAACCCGUGAACCGCGACCCCCUGGCCGUGUGCGACGCCCGGAGCGUCGACGAGUCGGACCUCGUCCCGGUCGUGACCCGGCUGGUCUACGCCGGCCAGAACAUUGACGACGAGCAGUGGCACGUCAAGGCAAACCCAAACCACAAAUGGUAUUACGCCAGCCGCAUGACGCCGGACGAGGUGCUGCUUAUUAAGUGCUUCGAUUCCAAGCUCGAUGGGAGGGCCAGGAGGACGCCUCACACUGCUGUCGAAACCCCCGAGGACUUUGGUCCGCCGAGGGAGAGUAUCGAAAUCAGAUGUCUUGUGUUUUGGGAGGGCGAGGAUUUGACCUAA